ACGGCAGCGACGCACAGAGCGGAAGUUUAGACGGUUGCUCUGGGUGAACUGUGGCAGCUUCGCAUCAAAUUAAAUAAAUAUUUUCCCCUCGGCGUUUUCCCGAAUUCCCCCCCUUUCCCUCACCCAUGGCGUCCAACACUAACAUAGACAUCGAGGGAGCGACGCAGCACCUCCGGGACAUUUUGAAGCUCGACCGUCCGGGCAGCGGCGCCGAUGUGCAGCCGGGCGACGAUCAGAGAAAACUGUCGUUCAACGGCGAGCUGAACGGCUUACUGGGAGCCGGGCUGCUGGGAAGCAGCCUGUCCGAGUCCACCAGGCCCAUCUCCACAGACGGCAGCGUCCAGGAGACUCAGAGGAUCGGCCUGACGGGCGACGAUGGCAGCACCUGCGUCCCCAUCACCUCUAACAACGUGGAGAUUGUGGCGAGCCAGGACUCGGGCAUCAACAGCAAGGCUCGCGGCAGCAACAAGGUUAAAAUCCAGCCGGUCGCCAAAUACGACUGGGAGCACAAGUAUUAUUACGGCCGACUGAUAGCAGUGUCCAACUCCUUCCUCGCCUACGCCAUCAGAGGAGCCAACAACCACGCCAUGGUUCGGGUCCUGAGCUUGGACUGUGGCGAGCGCUCCUUGCUGAAGGGCUUCACCGGCGCCGUCACCGAUCUGGCCUUCGCCCACCUGGACUCCUCUCUGCUGGGCUGCGUGGACGAGGCGGGCAACCUGAUGGUGUGGCAGCUCGAACUCACCGGGAGCAAAAUCCUGGAUCAGAUAGUGGUUCAUAUCCAGCGGCCAGACGACACGCCGCUGAACUCCCACAGACGGCUCAUCUGGUGCCCGUUCAUCCUGGACGACAGCGAGGAGAACCAGGACGACCCCAGCCAGACGUUGGCUCUCCUACAUGAAGACGGGGUUGAGGUUUGGGACGUUGAGUUAUUGAGAGCCAAUAACAGCAGCUGGCCUGUCGACGCCACAGACCUCAAAGAAGGCCUCAUCACAAUCAAAGGACAUACCCAGAGAGUCAGCGAAGGCGCCCUGUCCCCCGAUGGAACCGUGUUAGCCACAGCUAGCCAUGACGGCUACAUCAAGUUCUGGCAGAUCUACAUAGAAGGUGGACAGGAUCAGCCCAGGUGUCUUCAUGAAUUGCGGCCUCACGGAGGACGUCCGCUCUCCUGCCUCCUCUUCUGCGACAACCACAAGCGGCAGGAUCCAGAGGUUCCUUUCUGGAGGUUUCUGAUAACUGGAGCCGACCAGAACCAGGAGCUAAAGAUGUGGUGCACUGUCUCCUGGACCUGCUUGCAGACCAUCAGGUUUUCUCCAGAUCCGCUUAACUCCACAGUUCUGCCGAGCCUCAAGGCCAGUUUAGAUCUUUCUGCCGGAUACUUGAUCCUCACUGAUGUGCAGAGAAAGGUCCUGUAUGUGAUGGAGCUGCAGCAGGACCUGGACAACGGCAAAGCUCGCUUCACGGCCGUGUCGGAGUUCCUGCUCACCCACCCAGUGCUCAGCUUCGGGGUGCGAGACGUCACCCAAUGCCGGCUCAGACACACCGAGGUCCUCACGGCGGAGGAGGAGAGCGAGAGCAUGUCGACGGAGGGCACCCAAGGACCCGCAGAGUCCAAAUCUGGGAUCCAAAUUAAACUCUACUGCGUCCACACUAAGAGUUUGCAGGACGUCCAAAUCUGGUUUCAGCCCAACGCCGGCUUCAACACUUCAGGUUUUCUUUCUCACUCUGAGUCCCAGGAUGGUUUUGCGGCGUUUUCAGACCAUCUAACGGACCAGAGCUCAGACAAGGACUCAACAAGUGGCUCACAGAGCGAUCUCAGAAAGAUCCCCUCGCUUCCUGCUCCGUCCGACUUCCUGUCCAACUCGGGACCCGCCAGCGGGCCGAUGCCCAAGCUGAUGACCCCCGAUGCCUUCAUGACACCAAGCACUUCGGUUCCUGCGUCUCCUGGCAGCAGCGCCAGCAGUCUGACCAUCGUUACGGCCAUCAGCAGCAACUCUGACUCAACAAACAGAGCCGUGGACGACGUCAGCCAGAGUCCCAGCAGAGGAGACAACGGCAGCAGCAGUCUGGGACUCUCCGUCUCCGCCAGCAGCCCAAGAGCUGCUUCGGCUGUGCUGCUGCCUGGACUGGAGAACCUGCAGGGUCUGGCGUCCCCCUCUGGCCCUCUGGCCCUCGACUCGCCUCACGUCCCAGAUUCUCCGCUGCUGCCUCCCCUGGCCUCCCCGACCAGGGCCCGCUCUCCAGACGUCAUCUCCUCCGCCUCCACCAUGAUGUCCCAGGACAUGCCGGAGAUCGCCACGCAGACGCUGCAGCUGCAGCGCGGCCACGGCUUAGAGGCCUUACCGCUUCCUGCUCUCCAGACCGACAGCAUGGCCUCCGCCGCCUGUGCUCUGCACCUGCUGACGUCUCCACGCGCCGCCAGCAACAACGGUUUGUUGCCCCUUGAGCUCGGAGGCGCCGAAGCCUCGUCGAUCGGGGGAACAGAGUCAGAGUCCCGACUCGGCAACAAACCGUCCAUUCUGGAGAACACGCUGUCGCAGGAGGACCCCGGGGCCAGCGGGGGGUCAUCAGACGGCGGCGGCGGGGGCCACACGGCGUGGCCGGCGGCCCCGGACAUCACCAGGGAGACCAGGAACAGCCUCAGGGACAACGGGCUGAGCGACUGUUCGAGGGAGGAGGCCAACGAGCGGCGUUUGAGCUCCCCCUACCACCGCCACUCCUUCCACCUCACGCAGAACGACAGUCAGGACGUCGGCGCCGACCAGAGUGAUCCUGACGACGAGAUCGCCAGCCUGGCUUCCUCCUCCGGGAACUGCGGCUCUCGCUCAUCUCACAGGAUGGCGGUCAAAGACUGGAAGACGUCCCCGCGCGGCUCGCCCAAGCUAAAGAGGAAAACCAAGAAAGAUGACGGUGAAUCAUCUCAGCCCAGGCACAUGGAUCCUGGUCAGUUUAAUACAGAAACUCAGGACGAGCUGCUGAUGCUGCUGCGCACCCAGCAGAGAGAGCUGAGCGAGCUGUGGUCGCUGGUGGAGACCAUGCCGGGGACCAUCAUGGCCAUGGUGGAGCACGUGUUGAUGAAACACCAGGAGCAGGAACAGCGCAGACUGGACCGGGUUCUGGCAGAGAGUCAGAACCACCAGCAGCAGCUUCACGACCAGCUCACCCAGCAUCUGAGCAGCGCUCUCAGCUCGGCGCUGACAAACAGGAUGGACAAAGUGCUGCGAGACGAGCUGAAGAAAACCGUCCCACAAACCAUUUCUAAGAGCCUGGAGCCGGUGACGGGUCAGCUGAACAACACAAUUGCAGCUAAACUGGCAGCAGUGGAGGUCACCCUGAAAGACAACGCCGUCAAGGUGGUCAAGUCUAAGAACACUACGGACGCCAUCGGCCGAGCUGCAGCCGAGGCCUUGCAUGGACCCAUCCAGGCCGCCUACAAAGACGUCUUCCACAGCACGGUGCUGCCCAUGUUUGAGAGAGGCUGCCAGUCCAUGUUCCAGCAAAUCAACGACAGCUUCAAGCAGGGCACACAGGAAUACAUCCAGCAGCUGGAGUCCCACAUGAAGAGCCGUAAGCAGAGGGAGCAGGAGACGCGGGACCCCGUGGUGGGCCAGCUCCAGCAGAUGAUCGACAGCUUCCAGAACUCCACCGAUCAGCUGGCCGGCAGCGUGUCGGCGACCGUCCGGGCCGAGGUCCAGCACCAGAUGCAGAUGGUGUCGGGAAAUCUGCAGGAGUCCAUUCUCAGCCACGUGCAGCGGAUCGUCAAAGGGGAGGUGAGCCUGGCCAUGAAGGAGCAGCAGGCGGUCGUCACCUCCAGCAUCAUGCAGGCGAUGCGGUCGGCAGCCGGCACGCCCGUCCCCACGGCGCACCUGGACUACCAGACGCAGCAGGCCAACAUCCUGCAGUUCCUCCAGCAGGGCCAGCUCAAUCAGGCCUUCCAGCAGGCUCUGUCAGCGACUGAUCUGAACCUCGUCCUGUACGUCUGUGAGACCGUCGACUCCCAGCAGGUCUUCGGUCAGACGCCCUGCCCCCUGAGCCAGCCUGUGCUGCUCUCCCUCAUCCAGCAGCUUUCCUCCAACCUCGCCACCCGCUCUGAGCUCAAAAUCAGCUACCUGGAAGACGCAGUGAUGAACCUGGACCACGGCGACCCGCUGACCCGGGACCACAUGUCCUCGGUUCUGGCCCAGGUCCGGCCGAAGCUCAUCGCCUUCCUGCAGCAGGACCCCCACAGCCCGCUCAGCAAGAGGGCGCGCCGCCUGCUGAUGAUGCUGCAGGGACUCGUUAACCACUAACCCCCCCCCCACCCCCCCACCCAGAAGCUUCAGGGAACGCAUCGUUCUGCUUCUCAGACAAAAGCCCGUCUCCGUCUCCUCCCUGCUGCAUCGCCUCCUGGUCUUUAUGCUCCAAGAAUGUUUGGAGAACGAAGCUUUGUUGUUUCCUUUCCUAAUAAUCAGGACACGAGGAUUAUCGAAGUUCGCUGUUGACAUUCUGACACCACCGACCCCGCAGGAGACCCCAUUGAAUGCUCGCUCUCAGUUUUCCCCGACCUUCACCUCCAGCCAGGCGUUCCAGCCGCGGCCUGAAGAAAAAAGACGUCUGGACUGAAAAUGUCGCCUUAAGAGCAAAACAGCUGGCCUUUUUUUUUUUGUUUGUUUGUUGUCGUUGUUGCGACGGGGAAUUUAGCGGGUCGUUCUGCUCUCAGUUCAGUUAUUUCUCAAUCCGAUCAGGGCAACCAGAAGUAUGUGCGAUCCCAGAGGCAUUUUGUGUUUUCCCCCUCGGCUAUUCGCUAAUGGGCUGGAGGUGACAUUCAUGCCCCGCCGAGUCUUUGCCGAGAGAAUCUGCUCAUAUUCACGGAGAUAGUUUCUUGUUUCCAGGACCUGCUGAGAAGGUUGCGGGGAGGGGUCGGUACAAUCAGGUCCAACAUGAUAAAUGGCUGUAAAGGAAGCAGAUUUGAUGUGAUGAAACAGUAAUUCUUGGUUUAAAAUCAGAAAUAUGUGAAGUACCGCAGCCGGCCGCCGUCCACCUGUUUAUGUUAGCCCCCCUCCCUUAUUUUUAUUUUAUUUUAUAAAGAGCAUUUAGCAUUUGUAAGCCAUGUAUACUUGCUUUAAAUCUCCUCAGAGUAGCGUAACAAUUAAAAAUCCCUGUUAUUACUGACGUUAUUUUACCAGGAUGUUUGUGAACCUAAUGUGCAGUUACUCUCCUUAGGCUCUAGGGGGCAGCACCCAGUCCCUCCCCUGGCUUUCUACGCGUUUGGGUUCCCGUUUUUUACUGAAGGAACAAAGAUUUUAGGUUGUGAACGCUCGUUCGGACGGGCGUUAAAACUUACAGGGUAGAUUUCCGUUUGUCGCUGGUUUGUAAAAAAAAUAAAGCGAAGUCAUCUCUGCGUCUUUAGAAUCCGUUGGACUCUAGAAAGUGCCUUACUGUGUUUUCUCCUUCUAAGGUUGAAUCGGCCCCCCCCACAGCGGCUGCGUUUCAGUUUCAGACUCGGACGGAACCGCAGAGGAGAACCGGCGUGUUCUGCUGACAAACAUUUAGUCCAGUUGCAGAUAUUGAUCCUGAUUUCCGGCUCGUAGGAGAGAAACUUCUUCUUCUUCUGUUUUUUUUCCCCGUCAGCUGCUGUCCCCAUCCUGUGUUUUCUUCUUCUCUCUCUCCGUCGUGUUCGUUUCUUCCGGCCCGGAUGGUUCUGUUGUGCUGUUCAUAGUUUGUUUUACCCUCAAACGUUUUUGGAAUAAAAGAAAACUAAAACCCA